AUGGUGCAGAAUGACGGCCUCAUCUCUUCCAGUCAGACCCGCGGAAAGAUCUCGAUGGGAACAAAUGCCAAACCGCUGACAAUGGGCCGAGUCAAAGGCCAGUGGACACCCACGCUCUUGAGCUUUGGCCUGCAGCACAGCGCCCAAAUGUCACAGCUGUCCGGGGACACGGCGGCAGGACAAACAGGAGCGGUCUCUGCCUUCAUCGGUGACCGUAGUGAGGGUUGUUGUCUGCUUUGA